AUGAUUCGUGUAUCGAUUAUUGCUUGUCUGCUUGCGGGCGCGCUGCCGGUCCUAGCAGCGACUCUCCCCAGCUUCCUCCACGCCCGAGAUGGCAGCUUCAAGGAGCCCCUAGGUCUUUGCGAAACAGACCAACAUGUGCAGCAAUACUCGGGCUAUAUCAAGGUAGAGGAUGAUAUUGAGUUGUUCUUCUGGUUCUUUGCAGCUCGCACAGAUCCAGACAAGAAGCCACUCGUGGCAGAAUUCGGUGGAGGUCCGGGCGGUGCCAGUACCAGAUUAGCCGAGUCGAACGGGCCUUGUGUGUUUAAAGGCGUGGAAGGUGAUGCCCCUGGACACAACGACCUCAGCUUCACAACAGUCGCGAACAUGAUUUAUAUAGAUCAACCGGUCGGUGUUGGGUUUUCAAAGGGUAGUGACGAUAAGGUCCGGCAGAUGGAUUCUACUAACAAGGCAGCUCCCCUGGUUUGGAAGUUCUUCCAAGAACUUUACAAACACAAUGAGUUCACCAAGUUUCAAGGUCGCGACACAGGAAUAUUCACCAUGUCGUAUGGAGGGAUUUAUGGACCCGCCUUUGCAAAGUACAUACUGGAACAGAACGCGAUCGACAAUGGCGUGCCUAUCAACCUCCGAUGGCUCUGCAUUGAUAGUGGUAUGAUGGAUCUUAGUAUCGCAUCGAGCUCCACGAUCGAUUACGCCUAUGAGAAUCCAUACACAAAGCUGCUUACGAAACAGAAAGAUUACGCCGCUUUGCAGGAUAAAUUCACCGAGAAUUAUGCACCACUGUUCGAAACGUGUAAGAAAACCGACAAAGAUGAUGACUGCAAAGCUGCUGCCGAGAAAAGCAAGGAGUUAACUGAAGGCGGCGCACUCAGAGAGAUGGGUAUGAAUUUCGACGUCAGAUAUGUGACAAAGCCUGUGCCUCUGGAUGAAGACUACAUAACGGAUCCGACGUCCAUCUGGCUCUCUCGGGAGGAAAUUAGCAAGAGGUUAGGUGCCAAGCAGGAGUACAAUGGGUUCAGCAACCAGAUCCUGGAGCAAUUCUACGAAACAGGGGAUCCCGCACGCUCGGCAUUGCCCAAUCUUAGUCAAGUUGCAAAGGCCGGUGUUUCCAUCUUAUUCACGGCCGGCGACAGGGAUUACAUCUGCAACCAUAAAGGUGUACAGAAGUCAGCCGAGAGCAUCGAUUUUGACGGCCGUGAUAACUUUGCACAAAAGGAGUUGUUACCGUGGACGGUCGGCGGCGCGUACUACGGGGAUUAUAAGACAGAAGGCCGUAUUUCAUACCUGAAGGUGGAUUUUGCAGGACACUGCACACCAUAUUAUCGGCCUACGAUUGCACUAGCGUUUUUCCGGCAAUUUUUGGCAAACGGCUACUUAGUCUCUGAGGAGAGCUGA